AUGGCAGCGGCCGUUGACGUGGGCUACGUAGCCAGCCACCUCGGCUUGGCUGAGUCGACUGUGUCGACCGUCACCACUGAACCCACCCCAGAGCUCGUCGCAACCCUUCUCGAGGCUGUAAUUUCGAAAGCACGCGAAUUCGACGAGCUCUACGCGCAAAAGCUACAGGUCGACAUCGAGCUCGAGAGCGCGCAUCACAGUGCCGAAUCAAGAUGUCAAAGCUUCAAGGCGACUGCCGACAAGGCCCUGAAGGAGGUGGAGGAGGUCCGCCAGAAGCUCCGAGAGGAAGAAACGAAGCGACAAACGGUCGAGAAUGAACUUCAGUCCUUAAAGUCGCGUGGAUCCGACUACGAUUCGGAAAUCACCACUCUACGCGACCGCAUCGAGUCCCUACAAUCUUCCAACCGUGCGAACAUGGCUCUCCUGGAGUCGCGCAACGCCCGUGAUUCAGAGCUCUCCGAGGAGCUCGCCAAGCAGCACCAAAAGAACGUCCAACUCAACAAGGAAAUCACCUCUCUGCAGCAACAAGUUCAGGCCGCUCAGGCCGCGGUGAGCAGCGCCAAGUACCGAGAAGAAUCCCUUCAGCAACAGCUUGACCUUGCGCGACGUAACAGCGAAUGGUUUGAGACCGAACUCAAGACCAAGAGCGACGAAGCCUUGAAAUACCGCCGCGAAAAGGGUGCACGCAUUGCUGAGCUGCAACGCCAGAACGAGGAUGCCAAGUCCAACAUCGAAGCCCUCAAGCGAAGCGAACAGCAGCUGCGCGACCGUCUUGACGCCGCUCAGGCCAAGGCAGAGGAGGCCCUUACAAAGGUUCAGCAGCAACAGGAAGCGUUUGCUCGCAGCGAAGAAAGCUACAAGCAUGAGUUGGAGAGCAAGCAGAGGGUUGUUGAGAUGACGAACCAACUUGCAGACAGCCACAAGAACCGUGUACAAACUCUGGAGGGUGAGAAGGAGGCUUUGAAGGAGAAGCAAGCCAACGAGAUCCGCCGCAUCCAACAGGAGCUUGAGAGGGAGAAGGAAACCUGCCGCACUCUCGAGGAGCGUGUUACUCAGCUGGAAGGCGAACUGGACGAGUUCCACGCUCGCAUGGAACAGGGACCUCCCCCUGGUUCUGCGCCCCAAACACCCCGUAUGAAUGGAUCUCUGCUUGGAAGACCGGCAUCGCCCUUCGCAACCCCCGCUUCCGCACGCAGCAAGUCCGCCAUUACCGCCACUCAGGCCAUUGACGAACUCUACAAGGUCAAGGGACAACUGGCGGGUGAGAAGCGUCGCAAUCAGCAGCUUGCUGAGGAGCUUGACAACAUGAUUGCGCUCCUCGAGGCCAAGACACCAGAAAUUGAAGAACUCCAGAACGAGGCCGACACCCUGCGAGCCGAGAUCACCAGAAUGUCUGAACUCUCUCAGACAAGCUUUGAAGAGCGCGACGUCGCUAAGAAGAGCGCCAGAAAGGCAGAGAGUGCGCUGGCGAACGCCCAGGCCGAGUCCAAGAUUCUUCGCACUCAGCUUCGAGACCUCAGCACGCAAAUCCAGAUGCUCGUUUUCAACAUGCAUGCUCGCGAGAAGGGUCUGGAACAGCUGACCCGGGAGGAAACUAUCCGCCUGGAACAGCUCUCUCGCGGUGAGAUCAGCGAGGGAGCUCUUUCCGACAUGUCCGAUACCCACCAGUUCAUCACGCAGAAGUUUGUCGUUUUCAAGGAUAUUCAGGAGCUUCAAGCCAAGAACCAGGAGCUGCUACGUGUCACCCGUGAGUUGGCCGAGCAAAUGGAAAGCGAGGAGGCUGUUGCUGCCAAGAACCAAGCUGUCGAGGACCACCAGUCAGUUGAGCGUCUACAACAAGAGCUCUCCAAUAUGAUCGAUGAGACCAAGUCAUUGAGGACGACAAUGGAGAGCUUCAAGGCUGAGCGUGACAUGUUCCGCCGUCUCUUGCAACAAAAGGCAACUGCCGGGGAGCUUGCCUCUAUCUUGGGCGGCUCUGAGGACGGCCAGCGCCAGCCGCUCGCUAGCAUCGAGACGGAAGAAGGCGAUGGCGUGUCUCCAUCAGCCGCUCUCCGUGCUCUGCAAGUAGAGUUCGACACCUACCGAAACGACGAAGAGUCUGUUCGACGAUCCUUGAGAGAGCAGAUUGAUAGACUAUCCAGCGAGAAGAACACGCUCCAGGGCGAGGUUGCAAAGAUUAGCAGCCAAAUCACACUGGCUUCGGAGCGCUACGAGAUGCUCCACUCCAACUUUGUCGCCUUGCAAAGCGAGAACAAGGAGUUGCAGAGACGCAACCAAUCACUGUCUGAGGACUCUAUCAAACAAGAGAUCCGGACACAGCAGGUUGCGGAAGAGCUUGUGGAUGCGAAGGGCCUACUCGAAAGCAUCCGCAACGAGGCCGCCAACCUGAAAGCAGAGAAGAAGCUGUGGAAGGAUAUUCAGGAUCGCCUCAAUCAAGACAAUGAGAACCUUGUCCAGGAAAAGACACGUCUUAACAACCUCCUGGCGACGCAACAAUCGAUGCAGAAUGAGCGUGACAUUUCUGAAUCCGAGUAUAGACGAAAGUCGCAGGCCAAGAUCGACAGUCUGGAGCAGGAACUCACCGACACGAAGCGGAAGUUGUCGGAAGAGAUGGAGGAAGGCAAGAAGCUUCAGCUCAGGAAGGAGUUCGAUGCCCGCGAGGCCCAGAAGCGAAUCGACGAGCUUUCCAACAGUCUCAGUCAGAUUCGCGAAGAGCACGUUGCAGUUAAGACAAGUCGUGACCAUCUGCAAGCUCGUGUCGAUGAGCUCACAAUCGAACUUCGCAACGCUGAGGAGCGCGUUGGCAGAUUGCAGCCCCGACCCACGCCUCGUCCAGGAUCUAUGGCGCCGCCUGCUCAGACCAACGAAGACAACGAGGCCGAAGUCCGCGAGCUCAUCAAUGAGGUUUCCGAUCUUAAGCGCGAGCUUGACAUGGCCAAGAUCCAGUUGGAGAAUGCCAAGGAACAGACUGAGCAGUACAAGCAGCUCAGCGAACAAAAUGAAGAAGCGUUGUCCGAGUUCACCACCUCCCAGGAGCAGUUUAGAGAGGAAAUGGAUUCUGCUCUCUCCGGCAAGGAUGCCAAGAUCAAAGAGCUGGAGCAGCGUGUCGAGGAUCUGUCUACUGAGUUGGCAAACUCCAACAAGGAGCUGUCUCACCUUCGUGACUCUCAAGCCGAAGUUGCCCGCAAAUACGAGGAUGAGAAGACGAUUCUGGACGAAGAAAUCAAGCGUCUGAAGGAGGAAGCCGAUCGCUACUCGGAGGCCGCAAAGUUCCACCAGCAGGACCUUCGCGCCCAGUCCGAAAUCACUGCCAAGGCCCAGCAAGACUAUGAGCAGGAGCUCGUCAAGCACGCCGAGGCCGCCAAAUUGGUCCAGCAGCUGCGAACCGAGUACAACGAGCUGAAGAGCCAGACUGCGACUCUGAAGGCCGAAGCUGAAUCUGCCAAGGUGGCCCUUAGCCAGAGCGAGAGUUCCUGGGAAGAGCGCCGCCAGCGGUUAGAGCAAGAGAUGGCAGAGAUCAAGGCGCGUCGCGAUGACGUGAACGCCCAGAACAAGCUUCUCCACGAACAGCUGGAGAGCAUUACAUCGCAAUUCUCGGCGCUCAAGCAGAACAGGGCCGCAGCGGCAGACGAUGCCAGCGGCAACGCAGAGGGCGGUAACGACAGCGCUACCGAUGGCCUGCGCGAACUCAACAACUACCUGAGACGAGAGAAGGAGAUCCUCGAGGUUCAAUACGACCUCAAGGUGCAAGAAGCAAAGCGCCUACAGCAACAACUCGAGUACUCCCAAUCGCAGCUUGAUGAAGCUCGCUUGAAGCUCGACCAAGAACGACGAGCACAGGCUGAGAGUGGCCAAGCUUCCAUCGCCCACAAGGACUUGAUGGAGAAGCUCAACGAGCUCAACCUCUACCGCGAGAGCAGUGCUACUCUUCGCAAUGAGCUCGCACAAGCACGGGCUCAGAUCGCCGAGAAGAACACCAAGAUCGAGGAGCUGGAGGCGAAGGUUCAGCCUCUUGAGGCUAGGAUUGAGGAACUCCAAACCCAAAAGGGCUUCUUGGAGGAGGAAAUUAAGCAAGUACAGGAGGACCGUGACAGAUGGCAAAAGCGAACCGAAGGCAUCCUCACCAAGUACGGCCGCGUGGAUCCUGCCGAAAUGGAACAACUCAAGCAGACCAUUGCCGACUUGCAAGCUGAGCGCGAUGCCCUCAAGGAAUCUGAAGCUCCGCUACGAGCCGAGAUUGAUGAGACGAAGCAGACGCUUGAGACGGAGAGGGCUAACUGGCAGAACACACGCCAGCGUAUGACCGACCAAUUCAAGGAACGCUCAAGGAAGAUCACCGGCGAGAAGAACGAGGCCAUCACUGCAAGGAACGAGGCGAUCGCCGAAAAGGAUGCUGCCAUUGCUGAGAAGGAGCAACUCUUGCAGCAACUCACCAACGCGAACGCAGAGUUGGAGACUACGAGAGAGAAUCUGCAGACUUCGACACAACAACGUACCGAGUUCGAGCAACAGAUCCAGAACUUCCAACAACAGGUGCAAAGAUUGCAGCAGGAAGCUCAGGCAAAUGGCCAGACAAGCCAACCCGCUGUCCAGCCUGCAGCCGACUCAACUGGAUCUGUGUCCAACGAGGUUGUCGCCCAGCUGGAGCAGCAACUCACAGAAAUCCGGAGCCAGCUGGAGGCAGUUUCAGCGCAGAAGGCAGCCGCCGAGCAGGAGCUCCAAAAUCUUCGCACACAGUUGCAGACUGCCAUUAGCGAAAGAGACCAGGCCGUCCAGACUGCACAGCAGGCUGCCCAGGCGCAACCUCCGGCGCAACCUCCCGCUGAGGCACAGCCCACUCAGGCGGCCCCGACAGAAGCGGUUGCUACUAAUGGCACAAGCGUCCUCUCUGACGAGGAACGUAAGGCCUUGGAAGAGAAGAUUGCCGCCGCUGAGGCCAAGGCCGCUGAAUACGAGCGCAAGGCCCAAGAGGUGGAACAAAACAUCCAGCAAACAAUCAAGGAGCGAUCAGACAAGAUGCGGAACGCGCUCAACGAGAAGUUACGACAGUCACGCGAGAAGUUUGAAGAGGAGUUCAAGACCAAGUUGGAGCAAGAAAAGGUCAUUUGGAAGGCCGAGAACCAAGGCGCGGCCCCGAGCCAGCCUUCGGAAGAGCAGCCAGCCGUUGCGGCCACACCCGUCAAGCAAAAACAAGACCCAGAUGCGGCCCCUACGACACCCAUCACGGGCACGCCCGGCGGCUCAGGAGAUCUGUCGCACCUUCCUGAUGCUGAGAUCCGGAAGUUCCUCUCGACCAACCCGACAGUGCGGAGCAUCAUGUCCUCUAACCUCAGAAAGAAGCUGGAGGAGCAGACCGCCAAGGUCAAGAGUGAGACUGAGACGACUCUGAAGGCCGAGUUCGAGCAGAGAAUCGUCAACGCUCGUGAGGAGGGUCAGAUGUUGGCUCAGAAGAAGUCUGCGCUGCAACUUAACAUGAAAGAUAGUCAGCUACGGUCUGCCAACGCCAAGAUUGAGGUUGUAUCCACAGCUGCAACCCAAACUCCUCAGAGACCAGUCGGUGAGGUAUGGGAGGAGGCCAAGGUUGCCAAACCAGCUCCUGCAGCAGCACACCCGAGCCCGGCGAAGCCUGCUGCGAAUACACAGCCUCGUGCCUCAAUUUCCGGACCAGGCGGGGCACCAGCACAAGCUGCUGCAACCACAGCUGCACCUAAUGCCUCGGCCAACUCAGCGCAAGCGGCAGCUCCUGCCCAGAAUGCUCAGGCCCAGAGUGCUCAGGCCCAGAGUGGUAUUCCUCAACCAAACAGCGGAAUACCUCAGCCUGGAAGUAGCCUUCCGCAAGUGAAGCGCCAAAUCCCUCCUCCUUCGGAAAUUAAGACGGCGGCAAACACCGCUGGCGGAAACCCAUUUGCGGCAGCGGCGGCAGCAGGUGGUGCUGCCGGUCAAGCGCAGGCAAACCCCUUCUCUCAGUCGGCGCAGGCACAACAAAAUCCCUUUGCCCAAGCUGCGCAAGCCCAGGCCGCACAACAAGGCCAAGGACAGCAACCGGCGACUCAGAACCAACCUGCCCAGCGCAGUGGCAUUCCUCUCCCUGGACAACGGGGCGGUGCAGCUGGCCGUGGCCGUGGUGGAGCGUAUGCGGCUGGCAACAGAGUGUCGAGUGGUGGGGCCGAUAGAGGUGGACUGGGUGGUGGCCGUGGCGGGCGUGGUGGUAGAGGAGGACACGCCGCCGGGCCACUGAACCCGGGUGCGAAUGAUUUCCAGCCCGGAAACAAGAGACCCAGAGGGGACUCUGAAGCCGGUGGUGGAGCUGGCGCGAAGAGAGCACGAGGAGGCGGUCACUAA